AAUAGCAACGCGGUGUACACAUCCCGGCAGCGGCAGUGUUUUUAUAUAUAUAUAUAUGUGUGUGUUGUUUCUGUGUUUAAAAUGUCUGAGAUGUCGGCGAUGACUAAGAAAAUGAUCCAAAACCUGGCGGAAAAGCUGUGUAAACAAGCCAAACACUUUAAUAAAACAGAGGCAGAGUGCCUCAUUCGACUCUUUAAUGAGUUGCUGGAAGGGCAGACAGAGAAGAGAGCAGGGCUUGGUCUGGACCGGGGAAAAUUCAGAAACAUCCUACACAACACGUUUGGACUGACAGACGACAUGAUUAUGGACAGAGUCUUCCGGUCCUUCGACAGCGACAAUGACAGCUAUAUCAGUGUAAAGGAGUGGGUGGAAGGACUGUCAGUCUUCCUUCGAGGCACCUUGGAUGAAAAGAUCAAAUACUGUUUUGAGGUGUACGACCUUAAUGGAGAUGGCUACAUAUCGAGGGAGGAAAUGUUCCACAUGUUGAAGAACAGUCUGAUCAGACAGCCGACUGAAGAAGAACCUGAUGAAGGGAUUAAGGACCUUGUGGAAAUAAUACUAAAGAAAAUGGAUUAUGACCAUGACAGCAGACUUUCAUAUAGUGAUUUUGAGAAGUCUGUAAGAGAGGAAAAUCUGCUAUUAGAAGCUUUCGGAACUUGUCUUCCUGAUGCAAAGAGGACCCUGGAAUUUGAGCAACAUGCUUUCCAGUAACAAGUGAAUCACUCAUAUAAAGAAAAAUGAACAGUGCUAUUUUACAAUAAACCACUAUUACAGUACAUCAAUAAAAAAUGCACACUGAAGACAAGAGAAAAUUA